AUGUCAUUUGUGAUUAAAAGGCAAUUGUCGUCAUUGAUUCCACCAAAGAUUGCUUCGGCUAAGAACCUUGGUUCAGCUCCAAAUGCUAAAAGAAUGCAAGAAGUCGUUUCUUUUUACAAGAAAUUGCCUCAAGGUCCAGCACAAGCUGCCAAGAAACCAACAAACCCAUUAGCCAGAUAUAGAGCUGCUUAUUUUGAUGGUGACAAUGCUUCAGGAAAACCAUUGCUUCAUUUAGCAAUCGUUGUGCUCAUUUUUGGAUACUCCUUGGAAUACCAACACUUGAAAGCCCACCAUUAA